GCCUGUACGUGCGCUAGGGGCCUGGGGGCACAUCGUCACCAACCCAACCUUGGAAGAGACAACGACAAGCAGACAAGAAGAGCGCGAACAUGUCUGGCUCUAUGCUGACAUAGGCUGUCUCUCACUCAUCCCCUACUUAUUCCUCUUCCUAUUCCUCAUCUGUUUCUCCCAGCCAACCUUUUAAUCUCCUCGUCUCCACUGUUCUACUCACUCCUUCAAGAUGCAGCUCAGCAGCGGCAGCCCCGGUGCUCCGUGACUGACCAGGCCUGUUGUGUUGUUUCGCCGGUUUCGCUGCCGGACUUACUUAAACCACACAGCCAGCUAAAAGCAAGCAGCUCGGGCACGAGCCAGACUCGGGCUCAGCAAGACCUCGACCACGACUCGGCCAUUGCAGCACUGGGCAACCUUACAACCUCCACAACUGGUUGCAAACAUGAUAGAGACAGAUACCAUGGCCGAUCCAGUGCAUGCAGAGGAGCGUGACUGGCAGGGCCUGGAGGAGACCGUCUCGGACGUGGAGGAGGCGAGAGUCAUCUUCUGCGCCCUCGACUCGUUUCUACAAUAUGGUAGGGUGGCUCACUUCAACUGCACCCACCUGCGGCGGCAGUCCUUCUACGCGCUUCCCGAGGCGCACUGGAAAAUGUUGGCUGCCCCGCCAUUCAACUACCUCGAAACUCUCGACAAGGUCGACGCCGCCAUCGACUCAAACGCUGAGCUGGCCAGAGGCAUUGUCAAGCACGGGCUGAGGAGCCUGGCCCCGAAGGAGACCUCGUCAGAGAGCGACUUUCCUUCCAUGCCAGAGGAGUGGGUGGGCGUCGCCAAGUACGGCGACAUCGACAAGGCCAGGAGCACGCUCCGACAGUUCUACCGUGACUGGUCCGCCGAGGGAGCAGAGGAGAGGGAGGCCUGCUACGCUCCGGUCAAGCGAGCCUUGGCCAUCGAGAAGAGCAGGCAUCCCGAGAUCCAGCACCUCAAGGUCCUCGUCCCCGGGGCUGGCCUGGGCCGGCUGGUCCUUGACCUGUGUCUCGAGGGCUUCGAGACCGAAGGCAACGAGAUUUCUUACCACCAACUGCUGGCGUCUUCCUAUAUACUAAACAACUGCCAAGAAGCCGGACAACAUGAGAUAUUCCCCUGGGUCCAUACGUUUUCCAAUCAUCUCACAAGAGAUCGACACCUCACGAGCUACAAGAUCCCGGACAUCCACCCUGCUACUGUCCUCGCGAAUGCGGAAGGCGUGGGGGCAAUGUCUAUGUGUGCAUCUGAUUUCCUCUGUCUCUACGGUGACGACGACCACAGCGCUCAGUACGAUGCCGUGGCAACGGUAUUCUUCCUCGAUACAGCGCCCAACCUUAUUCGCUACCUGGACACGAUUUUCCACUGCCUCAAGCCCGAUGGUAUCUUGGUCAACCUUGGUCCUCUCCUUUGGCACUUCGAAGACAGGGCUCCAGGUAACCAUGGUCACGAUGACGAUGGUGAUGGGGAGCAUGACCCCAACAAUUCGACAGGCAUAGCUGACCCCGGCAACUUUGAGCUGUCUGACGACGAGGUCAGGUCGCUGGUUGAGAAGGUCGGUUUCAAGGUCGAGUCCUGGGAGACCAACAUCCGGGCUCCCUACAUCCAAGACCCCAGGUCUAUGCUUCAAACCGUCUACCACGCGUCUUCCUGGGUGGCGCGCAAACCAGCCGUCUAGCGAAGCCUCGGGAGCUAGCCGUGGCCACUGCUGCGUCUCCCUGAGUUUGAGACAAAAUCAGAGCCUCGGGGGGCUCCGCACGGAUUUUUGUGUGUCCUCCAGGAACCUAAGUCGAUCACACCCCCCAAAUACUCUCAGCUGUGGUGGCGGACGACACGUCAGGUAGAUACAGGCCACCCUGUGGCAACCAACAUUCUGUAAGAAUAUUGUCAGUCGCUCUGUAUCGAUUUCAGACCACCGCGCUCUUGAGAUGAGUAGUCUGCGAAAGAAGGAGGGGAUGGGAAAACACAGCCCUCAAGGCCCCCUGGGCCAAAGAUUGAGGAGGGGGGGGGGUUAUAAAUCCGUGACGAGACCCUGCGAAUGAGUUGCAGCCUUUGUCACAGGUGGGAGAACGCAUCGACUUGUGCAUGAUGACUGCAAAAGACUAGGAAUAUCAAUGGCUGAGAGGUGUCACCGAGAGCGACCUGUUACAUCUGCUUCAGACACCGGCUCGAAUAGCCACAGGCUAGAGGUGUACUUGUAUUGCUGUUGAUAAGUGGGCUCGAUCUGCAUACUAGAUACGCCUAGAGACGUUUGAAGACGGAACGAGUCUGAUGUUUGGCAUAGAAUACAGAAUUGACAUACAUACACCAGAGGGAGCUAAUACACACAAAUGUCUAAUUAUGUCUUAUUC